AUGACUAAACAAUCAGAAGAAUUAAACGUGGUAUCAUCUGAACCACUUGAUUCAAUUGAUGAUUCCUCCGAGAAAGAAACUACUGUUGCAACCGCUGAUAAAGAAUCAUCUACAUCAGAGGAGAACAAACAAGAAACCACCGAAGAGUCGACCAAAGAGUCGAAAUCUGCAGAUUCUACUUCCGAAACCAAAUCUGAGACUAAACCUGAAUCUAAAAAAGAUCGUAAGACUGUAUCUUUUAAAAAAGAAAUUGAUUCAACUGAAGAAGUUCCAAUUAACGAAGAAGAACAAGAUGAAUCUGUUCCGCCACCACAGCCACCAAGACCAAAAGAUCCAACUCAACAAAUCAUUGAAGAUAUGAAACAAGCUUUUCCCAAUAUUGAAGAGAAAUAUAUUAUUGCCACUUUAAUUGCAUCUCAAGGAAACCCAGAUCCAGCCUUCAAUGCUUUGUUAUAUAUUUCUGACCCUACAUUUAAACCUGAAAUACCAGUUUACAAGCCACCGAUUUCAACUUCGUCCACAGGGUCAAUUGGCACAGGAGGAGGAGGAGGAGGUAGAAAUCUGAAGGAAUUGACUGAUGAUGAGUUAUUGGCUAGAAAGUUACAAAAGGAAUUUGAAUUGGAAGAUGAAAGAAAUAGAAGAAAUAGAAGAAGAUCGUCACAUGAGAGACACAGAGCUGCUGAACAACAAAGACAAAGACAUUAUCGUAACCAUCAAGGUGACGGUGACGAUGAAUUGGAUGAUUCUCCUGAUGAAUUUGAACAAAUUAAAGAGACAUUUACUCAAGGACUUGAAGAAGCCAAAAGUACUUUGAAUGGAUGGGUAAGUAACAUAGCCAAACGAUUUGAAGGUAAUAAUGAUGGUAAUAACCCACAACAAAGAAGAAAUGACAAUCCAAAAUUAUUUGGGGCUCUUGGGGGAUCAUCAUUCAAUGACAACAAACGUAAAACUAAUAGGUUUGAUGAAGAUCCAGAAAUUCUUAGUAAUGAUUUUCACGAUGGAAUUAGAUUACAAGAUAAUGACGACCAUGGUCCAUCUUUACCCAACAGAUUUAAGGGUGAACUUCAGUCAGACACCCCCACUUUGGCUAGCAGAGAAAAGGGACCCUCUGACAAAAAGAAAUGGCAGCCAUUGGAGUCUGGUGUUUCUGCAGAUCCUGAUGCAUUCUUAGUUACUGAUAGUGAAGAAGAUGGUGACGAUGUUGCAACUACAGACGCUACUAAAAACACCACUAUAGGCUCUACAAAGAAAUAA